GGCAGAGGAGGAGAGAGAUGGGGAGGUAGAGGAAGAGGUAGAGAGAGAGGGGGAGGGAGAGGAAGAUCUGCAGGCAGUGGCACCCCUCAGAUUCAUCCAUUGUCGUUAGAAACCUUGGAGGAUCUGUCAGGGAAAGACCCUUCAGAGGUAGCCAUCACUCUGGCUUACAGCAAAGAACUGCAAGUUCUCCUCGACGAGAGAGAGAUGCGACAGGACCUCAUUCAGCUUCUCUGCCAAGUAUUAUGCAAGGCCUUCUUGUCUAAAACCCCACGCAAAAACAUACAGCGCUUGACUGGCUUAAUCAAGGAUUCCGGAUUCCUCCGAACCAUCCUGCCCCAUUACGUGAUGGGAAUGGCAUCAGAGUUUGACAACACCCGCCGGGACCAGUACCCCCAGCACUUGGACAACAUCAUGACCCUUCUCUCCGAGGUGCUCAGCAUCUUCCCAGCUAGCUCUAUCCAGGCCGUGUCCAUGAUAGUGGCCCUCUUCAGACCAGUCAUCAACAGCCUGCGAGCUGUAGAGGUGGACGUCCUGGAACAGACGAAGGAGAACCUGGAGAGGAUCCAGGGCCUGGUCGAGCACCUCCAAGAGAGAACCAGGGAGGGCACCCUGAGGUCUGACAACUACUCCUUCAUCACCACCCAGGAAGACGCUCCACCUGGGGAGGCCGACUUCAGGACCCUGCCCAUCUACCCCACCCCCGAAGAGUUCCACCUGGACCAGAGGACCUACCUCAGGCCCAACCUUAUCUCUCAUCGCUACGCCAGCGGACUGCUCUACCUGGACACGCACUUCCGGCUCAUGCGAGAGGACUUUGUGAGGCCUCUUCGAGAGGGAAUCCAGCAGCUGCUUCAGAGCCAGCAGGACCUGGGCAAUAAAGACAUCCCUUUGAGAAAGAUGCGCUUUGAUGACAUCAGAGUGUACUUUGACACUCGACUGGUGGUUCCAUUGUGCACCCCGUCUGGUUUGGCCUAUAAGGUCCAUUUUGACUCCCAUCCUCUUAAGGUCAGUGAGUUUGAUUACGAGUAUUUGAAUAGAAAAAUAACUUACCAAGAUUUGCCAACAUUUUGUAGUUAUAUUCCUUAAAAUAUAGUGAGAUUGUACAAUACUCUUUGAAAUUACAUUAAUCCGUACAAUGUUUUUCCAGAUCCAUAGAGUGCAUUCAAAUAUAUUUUCAUGUUAUUCUCUGUCCCGCACAGUUUGUCAACUGGCAGAACUCCAAGCGGCUGAUAUACGGCUCCCUGCUCUGCAUGUCCUGUGACAACUUUGACACCUUCCUGUUUGCUACUGUGUCGGACCGGGACCCCAAGGAGCUACAGAAGGGCUUUGUCCAGCUCAGUUUCUUAGGGGAGAGCAGGCGAGCCCUGGCAGGAGUGGAGGCCCAACAGUCCUUCCUCAUGGUGGAGACCACAGCCUACUUUGAGGCCUACCGCUACGUCCUCGAAGGGCUGCAGGAGCUGGAGGUAGAGGAUCUGCCCUUCCAGAGGUCAGUGUACUGUCUGUCGUUGUUAAAUUCAACUAUUAGCUUGUUAAUGCACCAGUGUUGUUGAUGCUAUGAGAUAGAGAGUUGGCUAAUCAGCUUAGGGAGAAGUUUAAGAUAAAAUAUUUUGUUUUCAUCAUGCUUUUCUGAUGAGAAUCACAGAUUGCAUUGAUACAGUUCCAUACUUCUGAUCUUAAAGUGCUUAACAUGGUUUGUGGGUGACUUAACUCUUCCACCACCUGCUAGAUGAAUUUGGAAGAAAUGUUGUUCACCACAUAUCCAUUCUUGUAAUGAAGAAUGACAUUUAUGAUUUAUGACGACAUGUAAAUUACAGGUAUAUAGUGGAAUGCAGCUCAGACGUCGAACCUCCUGCCUACCUGCCCAGGGCAGAUACGUAUGACCUGUCUGCUAUUGCAGUGCCUGAGUUUAAGAGCAGUAUCAAGAGCUUCCACACCUUAGAUCCUGAAGCCUGGCCCCCCAUGGAGCAGCUGGGAUUGGACGAGUCCCAGAUGAGAGCCCUUCAGCUCGCCCUCACCAAGGAGCUGGCCAUCAUCCAGGGACCCCCAGGCACAGGUGGAAUACAUUUUGAAUAAGUCAUGCAUAUUGAAUUAGAUCAUGUUUACAUAAAUGUAUAUACAUUUAAAAUGUCCAGGCCAAAAGCUGAGAAAUUAUUGUGCCACGUUGCUUCAUGUAACAUAGUCUUUAGUGCAAUGGCUCUGCAGGAGUGUAACACUUUUGGACAUUUGUUUUCCCUCCAUACUCAUAAUCUCAGGGAAGACCUACACAGGACUAAAGAUCGCCCAGGCUCUGUUGACCAAUCAGGAGGAGGGGAGAGGUUUCACCUCCCCCAUGCUGGUGGUUUGUUACACUAACCACGCUCUGGACCAGUUCCUAGAAGGUAGGAUGCAAUGCACACGUCUCACGCAACUUUUGAUUCUCAAAUUAAGUUAUUUUCCACCUCAAGCCAUUCUUGAAGAAUUUCAGAUGCUACGUACCAUCAUUUUGUGUUUGACCAAAGAUAAUUCUGAAGGGCACUUUUGUUGUAUGUAUGAGCACCUUUUUCAUUUGUUUAACAAUGUGCACCAUAGGCAUCCACAAGUUUUUACCAGACGGUAUUGUGAGAGUGGGUGGGCAAAGCAACAGUGAGGUCCUGAAGCGUUUCACCCUGAGGGAGCUGAAAAGCUCCCAUAACUUCCGCUGCAAGCUACCUCAACAUCUUCGCCAUGCUUACAGUGAGGUGAGGCCCAACCUGAAACCUGAAAGUUACACUGACCAAUAUGUGAACAUUUUAGAAAUAGUCUUCAAAUGUAAAUUGUAAAUGAGCACUCCUUUUGAAGUGAAUGUAGCUCAGCUUCCAUUUGUGUCAGGAAUGUAACAGUCAGGUUGGCUAUCUUCUGGGAAAUAGUAAAUCAGUGAAAUAAUAUCACAUACUGAUGUUCAGAAUAUUGUUUCCCCUCAGAUCUAUGAUGCAUUGCGGACAGAAGAGACUAAGAUCCAGACUCAGUCUGUGCAGCUGGAGUGCAGUCUUCGGGGUGUCUUAAGGGAGCAGUACCUCCAAAAGUUCAUCUCAGAGAAACACUGGGAUAGCCUGAUCCUCCAGCCUGUGAGUCUUUGAUACCGCUGUAAAAUAUAAAGAUGAUUAGCCUGUCUGUCCGACCACCACAAUUACGACUAUCAGGCUGGUGACUACUUCUACGACUAUGACUAAUAGUUCCACCACCACAGCUACUACUAGAACUAUGUGCCCAAGAACACCAAGGUAACCUGCCUAAAUGACUACCGACCCGUAGCACUCACGUCUGUAGCCAUGAAGUGCUUUGAAAUGCUGGUCAUGGCUCACAUCAACACCAUCAUCCCAGAAACCCUAGACCCACUCCAAUUUGCAUACCGCCCCAACAGAUCCACAGAUGAUGCAGUCUCUAUUGCACUCAACACUGCCCUUUCUCACCUGGACAAAAGGAACACCUACAGUGGGGGAAAAAAGUAUUUAGUCAGUCACCAAUUGUGCAAGUUCUCCCACUUAAAAAGAUGAGAGAGGCCUGUAAUUUUCAUCAUAGGUACACGUCAACUAUGACAGACAAAUUGAGAAAAACAAAUCCAGAAAAUCACAUUGUAGGAUUUUUUAUGAAUUUAUUUGCAAAUUAUGGUGGAAAAUAAGUAUUUGGUCACCUACAAACAAGCAAGAUUUCUGGCUCUCACAGACCUGUAACUUCUUCUUUAAGAGGCUCCUCUGUCCUCCACUCGUUACCUGUAUUAAUGGCACCUGUUUGAACUUGUUAUCAGUAUAAAAGACACCUGUCCACAACCUCAAACAGUCACACUCCAAACUCCACUAUGGCCAAGACCAAAGAGCUGUCAAAGGACACCAGAAACAAAAUUGUAGACCUGCACCAGGCUGGGAAGACUGAAUCUGCAAUAGGUAAGCAGCUUGGUUUGAAGAAAUCAACUGUGGGAGCAAUUAUUAGGAAAUGGAAGACAUACAAGACCACUGAUAAUCUCCCUCGCAAGAUCUCACCCCGUGGGGUCAAAAUGAUCACAAGAAAGGUGAGCAAAAAUCCCAGAACCACACGGGGGGACCUAGUGAAUGACCUGCAGAGAGCUGGGACCAAAGUAACAAAGCCUACCAUCAGUAACACACUACGCCGCCAGGGAGUCAAAUCCUGCAGUGCCAGACGUGUCCCCCUCCUUAAGCCAGUACAUGUCCAGGCCCGUCUGAAGUUUGCUAGAGGGAAUUUGGAUGAUCCAGAAGAGGAUUGGGAGAAUGUCAUAUGGUCAGAUGAAACCAAAAUAUAACUUUUUGGUAAAAACUCAACUCGUCAUGUUUGGAGGACAAAGAAUGCUGAGUUGCAUCCAAAGAACACCAUACCUACUGUGAAGCAUGGGGGUGGAAACAUCAUGCUUUGGGGCUGUUUUUCUGCAAAGGGACCAGGACGACUGAUCCGUGUAAAGGAAAGAAUGAAUGGGGCCAUGUAUCGUGAGAUUUUGAGUGAAAACCUCCUUCCAUCAGCAAGGGCAUUGAAGAUGAAACGUGGCUGGGUCUUUCAGCAUGACAAUGAUCCCAAACACACCGCCCGGGCAACGAAGGAGUGGCUUCGUAAGAAGCAUUUCUAGGUCCUGGAGUGGCCUAGCCAGUCUCCAGAUUUCAACCCCAUAGAAAAUCUUUGGAGGGAGUUGAAAGUCCGUGUUGCCCAGCGACAGCCCCAAAACAUCACUGCUCUAGAGGAGAUCUGCAUGGAGGAAUGGGCCAAAAUACCAGCAACAGUGUGUGAAAACCUUGUGAAGACUUACAGAAAACAGUUUGACCUGUGUCAUUGCCAACAAAGGGUAUAUAACAAAGUAUUGAGAAACUUUUGUUAUUGACCAAAUACUUAUUUUCCACCAUAAUUUGCAAAUAAAUUCAUUAGAAAUCCUAAAAUGUGAUUUUCUGGAAAAAAAAGUCUCAAUUUGUCUGUCAUAGUUGACGUGUACCUAUGAUGAAAAUUACAGGCCUCUCUCAUCUUUUUAAGUGGGAGAACAUGCACAAUUGGUGGCUGACUAAAUACUUUUUUUCCCCACUGUAUGUGAGAAUGCUGUUCAUUGACUACAGCUCAGCGUUCAACACCAUAGUGCCCUCAAAGCUCAUCACUAAGCUAAGGACCCUGGGACUAAACACCUCCCUCUGCAACUGGAUCCUGGACUUCCUGACGGGCAGCCCCCAGGUGGUAAGGGUAGGCAACAACACAUCUGCCACGCUGAUCCUCAACACUGGGGGCCCCUCAGGGGUGCGUGCUUAGUCCCCUCCUGUACUCCGUGUUCACCCAUGACUGCGUGGCCAAGCACGACUCCAAAACCAUCAUUAAGUUUGCCGACAACACAACGGUGGUAGGCCUGAUCACCGACAACGAUGAGACAGCCUACAGGGAGGAGGUCAGAGACCUGGAAGUGUGGUGCCAGGACAACAACCUCUCCCUCAACGUGACCAAGACAAAGGAGAUGAUUGUGGACUACAGGAAAAAAAAGAGGACUGAGCACGCCCCCAUUCUCAUCGACGGGGCUGUAGUGGAGCAGGUUGAGAGCUUCAAGUUCCUUGGUGUCCACAUCACCAACAAACUAUCAUGGUCCAAACACACCAAGACAGUCGUGAAGAGGGCACGACAACGCCUAUUCCCCCUCAGGAGACUGAAAAUAUUUGGCAUGGGUCCUCAGAUCCUCAAAAAGUUCUACAACUGCACCUUCGAGAGCAUCCUGACUGGUUGCAUCACCACCUGGUAUGGCAACUGCUCGGCCUCCGAAUGCAAGGUGCUACAGAGGGUAGUGCUACCAACAUGUACAAAUUACCUCUGCUAACCUGUAGCCCCGCACAUUGACUCGGUACCGGUACCCCCUGUAUAUAGCCUCAUUAUUGUUAUUUUAUUGUUGCUCUUUUAUUUUUUGCUUUAGUUUAUUUAGUAAAUAUUUGUUCUGAACUCUUAUUUUUCUUAAAACUGCAUUGUUGGUUAAGGGCUUGUAAGUAAGCAUUUCACUGUAAGGUCUACACCUGUUGUAUUCGGCGCAUGUGACAAAUACAAUUGUAUUCUAUUUUAUUUGAUUGGUGUUGAUGUCGGAUAGGACAACUAAAAUGAAUACGCUAACCCCAACUGCCUCUAUGCUUAAAAUUCAAAAAGUAGGUCUGACAUUCCCAGAAAACCUUUAUGAAAUGAUGUUGAACUGUGAUAAUCUGUCAUUGGCCAGAGAGGAAACAAUACUAUUAAUAUGUAAUCCUCAGGCACUGGAUGGUUUUGAGAGCUAUGGUGGGAAGAAGCCGUCUCUUAUUAUGGAGUGGCUGGGGUUAGGUUCCACUGCCUUCCAGCAGAGGACGCCACAUCCUCAAAAUUGCAAUGCAGGUGAGAAGCCACUGCAGUACCACAGAGGGUAGACAAGACAACAUGAUCAGACAGAUAAUAAAUGGAACAGGUACAGAGGAAUGCUUCUCCUUGUGGGAUUGUAUUUGUCAACAUUGCUUGUGAAUAUAUUAUUGAUGUAAUUCAUGUAGCUAUUAACACAAGCAUUUCGCUGCACCUGCGAUAACAUCUGCACAUCUGUGUAGGCGACCAAUAAACUUUGAUUAGAUUUUAUUUGAUAUUAUUUAGUCUCUUGUAUCUUUGAACCAUUUUGGUUUUAUUUACAACUCCCUUUGAUCCUAACUCAAACUAUAUGGGGUGAAAAAGAGUUCAGUGCUCAUUUUCAUGUUGAGAGAACUACUAGGAAGUUAGAAACUCUAGUCCUCACUCCUCACCCAUUUUCACCUCUCUAUUUUAUAAUAGAUGGGGAAAUGGACGAAGCUAUAGAGGAAGAGGACGGACCUGAUCGAGAUAGCGGAGGAGGCAGACCUGAUCCAGGCAGAACGCUUUGUAGAAGACUCAAACACGCAUCAUGGUCGGGAUGAAGAUCGAAGAAAGAUGGAGGAGAUAGUCAGGGAUAUGGCAGAACAGAUGCUGGCCAUGAACAUGGAGAACACUGAGAUACAGGCAGAGCAGAGUGAAGAAGGCUGGGAGGUAAGAACCAAUAAUUAGCCUUGAUCCAACAAUAUGACCAAAAUACAUUGCAUCAUAAAUCAUGUGUAUCAUAAACCAAUUUAGCUGGUUAUUGAUUUUAAAUAACAACCUCCUGCUUUAGAGUAUUUAAAAAUAUUUAGCUUAGCACCUGUCUUUCUACAAUACUCCUAAGCUAAAGGUGUCGUUAAAGUUAUUUGAAAAGCUCCCCAUGUCUCUCUGUAUGUGCGCAGAUGCAGCGGGUACAGAAGAGGAAGAUGAAACAUCGUAUUAGGAGGGAGCUGGGCAGCAGCUCAGCCGUGAGUGAGGAUGAGGAGGACACCAUUCUGGAUGUGUGGACUCUCAGUCUGCCAGACAGAUGGAGACUGUACCGGUAAUACUCCCCCUCAUCCCCUAGGCAACGCCAGUCUGCAAGAGCGUUUAUUCCCAUUGAGCAUAAUUAUGUCAACUAAUUACAAAGAAAAUGUAUGCACUGAUCCCCUCAGCUCAAAGGCAAGAUUUUGCUCUAUAACUUUCUGUCACCGUGGCAAUGUAACUGUGCUUAGCUUGUGAAAGCAAAGUCGUCAUGGCCACACAAACCACACAAAUCACACAGGUGUGCGUUUGGCUUUGCCUCCUUAAGUAACGGAUGUCUUGAUCUGACUGGGGAAAAGACUAGUGCAAGGCUCAGUUGUGUGCCGGCCAAAAAGCCAUCUUGGAUUAAACCCAAAAAUGUAAUGUUAAGUCACAGCUUCAGCCUGUUUGAUUGACUCCGUAAAUCACUCAAGCAAUAAAGGACUCUGCUGAAAGCAUUAUUACCAAUCUCAAAUAUUCUGAAUUUGAUUGUGCUGUAUGAUUAUGUCUGGUAAACACACCUGUUCAAUGGGUGUUAUAUCAUUCUUAUGACCUACUUAUUUAGACUAUAUUAGUGGCCUUGCAGUGAAAUGCUACUCAAUGACGUAAUCUACGUCUGCAGGUUUUGGGUGCGGCGUUACCGGACGGAGCUGCGUAUGCGAGCCCAGCAGGCGGAGCAGGACUAUCAGGACGCUGCCGAGCGUCUGGCUGAGAUUCGUCUCCAUGAGGACAUACUUGUCCUGAAGGAUGCCAAGGUCAUCGGCAUGACGACUACGGGGGCUGCUAGAUGCCGCAAAGCUUUGCAGGAAGUGAGUCCCCGCCUGGUGAUCGUGGAAGAGGCGGCGGAGGUACUGGAGGCCCACACCAUCACCACUCUGAGCCAGGCUUGCCAGCACCUCAUCCUCAUUGGAGACCACCAACAGGUACAGGACACUCAUUGGUCAGGCAUGGUCAACUCCCUCUCAAAGAUUUCACUGUUAUUCCAGUAAAUCCAGGAACUCAGCUGGACAUCGUGCUUGAACAUUUUUCAAGUUCCUAAUGUAAACUGGGCUUUUUAAAAAUUGAAAGUCCAUGGUCAUUUUCAUUUCUUAAUUGGCUGGGAUUGAAAUUCAAUCAACGUCCAACUCUGCUUGGAGCUAAACUAAGACCUCAUCCAGCACACCCAGCUAUAAGGUCUUACAUAAUUUGACUUAAUUCCUUUUAGCUCUGAGUGAAUACAGUGCCUUCAGUAAGUAUUCGCACCCAUUGACUUUGUCCAUAUUCUGUUGUGUUACAGCCUGAAUUUAAAAUGGAUUAAAUUGAAAUGUUGUGUCACUGGCCUACACAAUAUACCCCAUAAUGUCAAAGUGGAAUUAUGUUUUUUGAAAUUGUUAUAAAUUAAUUAAAAAUGAAAAGCUUUUUAACCUUUGUUAUGGCAAGCCUAAAUAAAGUCACGUAAGUUGCAUGGACUCACUCUGUGCAAUCAUAGUGUUUAACAUGAUUUUUGAAUGACUACCUGAUCUCUGUACCCCACACAUACAAUUAUCUGUAAGGUCCCUCAGUCGAGCAGUGAAUUUCAAACACAGAUUCAACCACGAAGACCAGGGAGGUUUCCCAAUGCCUCGCAAAGAAGAGCACCUAUUGGUAGAUGGAUAGUGCUUUGCGAGGUACAAAAGUAUGUGGACACCUGCUCGUCGAACAGCUCAUUCCAAAAUCAUGGGCAUUAAUAUGGAGUUGGUCCCCCCUUUGCUGCUAUAACAGCCACCAUUCUUCUGGGAAGGAUUUUCCACUAGAUGUUGGAACAUUGCUGCGGGGAAUUGCUUCCAUUCAGCCACUAGUGUAUUAGUGAGGUCGGGCACUGCUGUUGGGCAAUUAGGCCUGGCUCGCAGUCGGCGUUCCAAUUCAUCCCAAAGGUGUUCGAUGGGGUUGAGGUCAAGGCUCUGUGCAGGCCAGUCAAGUUCUUCCACACCGAUCUCGACAAACCAUUUCUGUAUUGACCACGCUUUGUGCACGGGGGCAUUGUCAUGCUGAAACAGGAAAGGGCCUUCCCCAAACUGUUGCCACAAAGUUGAAAGCACAGAAUCGUCUAGAAUCUAAUUGUAUGCUGUAGCAUUAAGAUUUCCCUUCACUGGAACUAAGGGCCCGAAGAUUAGUCCGUCGGACUGCCAGAUGGUGAAGCGUGAUUCAUCAUUCCAGAGAACGUGUUUCCAAUGCUCCAGAGUCCAAUGGCGGGGAGCUUUAUACCACUCCAGCUGACGCCUAGCAUUGCGCAUGGUGAUCUUAGGCUUGUGUGUGGCUGCUCGGCCAUGGAAAUCCAUUUCAUGAAGCUCCCGACGAACAGUUCUUGCUUCCAGAGCCCAUUUGUAACUCGGUAGUGAGUGUUGCAACCAAGGAUGGAUGAUUUUUAAGCGCCACUUGCUUCAGCACUCGGUGGUCCCGUUCUGUGAGCUUGUGUGGCUUACCACUUUGCGGCUGAGCCGUUGUUGCUCCUAGACGUUUCCACUUCACAAUAACAGCCCUUACAGUUGACCGGGGCAGCUCUAGCAGGGCAGAAAUUUGACCAAUUGACUUGUUGGAAAGGUGGCAUCCUAUGACGGUGCCACAUUGAAAGUCACUGAGCUCUUCAGUAAGGCCAUUCUACUGUCAAUGUUUGUCUAUGGAGAUUGCAUGGCUGUGUGCUCGAUUUUAUACACCUGUCAGCAACGGGUGUAGAUUAAAUAUCUGAAUCCACUAAUAUGAAGGGGUGUCCACAUACUUCUGGAGAUGUCGUGUAACUCUACCUGAAAAUACAUGAUCUAAGUGAUACCAUCAACACAAGGCCAAAUCUACACUGGAGUUGCUUACCAAGAAGACAGUGAAUGUUCCUGAGUGGCCAAAUUACAGUUUUGACUUAAAUUUGCUUGAACAUCUAUGGCAAGACCUGAAAAUAGUUGUCUAGCAAUGAUCAACAACCAAUUUGACAGAGCUUGAAGAAUUUUGAAAAUAAUAAUAGGCAAAUGUUGCAUUAUCCAGGUGUGGAAAGCUCAUGGAGAUUUACCCAGAAAGACUCACAGCUUUAAUCGCUUCCAAAGGUGCUUCUACAAAGUAUUGACUCAGUGGUGUCAAAAGUUUGGACACACCUACUCUUUGAAGGGUUUUUCUUUAUUUUUACUAUUUUUUACAUGAAGACAUCAAAACUAUGAAAUAACACAUAUGGAAUCAUGUAGGAACUAAAAAAGUAUUAAACAAAUCAAAAUAUAUUUAGAUUUUAGAUUCUUCAAAGUAGCCACCCUUUGCCUUGAUGGACAGCUAUGCACACUGCAUAUGUGUUAUUUCAUAGUUUUGAUGUCUUCACUUUUAUUCUACAAUGUAGAAAAUAGUCAAAUAAAGAAAAACCCUUGACUGGUACUGUAUGUAAAUGAAAUAUUUCUGUAUUUCAUUUUCAAUAAAUUUGCAACAAUUUCUAAAAACAUGUUUUCACUUUGGCAUUAUGGGAUAUUGUGUGUAGAUGGGUGAGAAUAAACAUCUAUUGAAUCCAUUUUGAAUUCAGGCUGUAACACAACAAAAUGUGGAAUAAGUUAAGGGGUAUGAAUACUUUCUGAUGGCUAAGGUACUUUGGGAAUAUCUCAUGUCUUUUACUCAGUUCAAAUCAUCCACUUUAUUCAAGGCUGGUAGUCUUGAGAUGUUGCGCUUUGCUUUUGUCAAGCUUAUACCUUUUUCCUGUAAUGUAGGUGGAUCACACUUUCGAUAAAAAAAAGCUUUGGCUUUGUAGUGCUAUUCAUUAAUCAUACGUUUGUGGUUGAAUUUUAACACAGUCAGGCGGAAACAAACUGAACAAUAACUCAAUAACUGUCCCCUAAAUCAAGCUGACACACGUGAAAAGAAACAGCAAAACAGGAUAGGAUAGAAAACCUCAGAGUUUAUUUGCAUAUACACUGAGUAUACAAAACAUUACAUAGACUGACCCGGUGAAUCCAGGUUGAAGCUUUGAUCCCUUAUUAAUGUCACUUGUUAAAUCCACUUCAAUCAGUGUAAAUGAAGGGUAGGAGACAAGUUAAAGAAGGAUUGUUAAGCCUUGAGACAAUUGAGACAUUGAUUGUGUAUGUGUGCCAUUAAGAGGGUGAAUGGGCAAGACAAAAUAUUUAAGUGUCUUUGAACGUAGGUGCCAGGCGCACCGGUUUGUGUCAAAAACUGGGUUUUUCAUGCUCAACAGUUUCCCGUGUGUAUCAAAAAUGGUCCACCACCAAAAGGACAUCCAGCCAACUUGACACAACUGUGGGAAGCAUUGGAACCAACAUGGGCCAGGAUCCCUGUGUAACGCUUUCGACACCUUGUAGAGUCCAUGCCCCGACAAAUUGAGGCUGUUCUGGGGGCAAUGGGGGAGGGGGGGGGGGUGCAACUCAAUAUUAGGAAGGUGUUAUUAGGAAGCUUUGUAUUCUCAGUGUAUAUUUUCCAUACUCUUUACUUUAUUACAUUUAUUUGUGCCAGGUUUAGUUGAAAGCCAAAUAUUCGUCUGUAGUGGGCAGCUGAUUAAAAACAGUGAUCUCCUCGACUCUAUUGUGUGUUUAUAUUGUCUAAAACUGUUGAAAUGAGGUGGUCCAUGCCAUCCUCUCUUGAGAUUCAGGGGUACUCAUGUAGCUUGCAACCUCAUUGUCCCCCUAGCUCCGGCCCAGUGCAACAGUGUUUGACCUGGCCAAAAACUUCAAUCUUGAAGUGUCCAUGUUUGAGAGGCUGAUCAAGAUGGACUUUCCGUAUGUCAGACUUAACUACCAGGUAUGUGAGGGAAUCUGAAGGGAAGUUUAUAUGGACAAACCAGAUAAACCAAUUACCAUUGUUCUUCAUUCUCCAUUAACCAAUGCUCUCACUCUGGGUCUAUCCCACACAGCAUCGUAUGAGGCCAGACAUUGCCUGUCUCCUGGUCCCUCACAUCUACUCUGAGCUGGAGAACCACCCCUCAGUGAUGGACUUCGAGAAUGUUAAGGUAAAUCAAUGCAUACAUACAGUGAGGGAAAAAAGUAUUUGAUCCCCUGCUGAUUUUGUACGUUUGCCCACUGACAAAGAAAUGAUCAGUCUAUAAUUUUAAUGGUAGGUUUAUUUGAACAGUGAGAGACAGAAUAACAACAAAAAUAUCCAGAAAAAUGCAUUUUAAAAAUGUUAUAAAUUGAUUUGCAUUUUAAUGAGGGAAAUAAGUAUUUGACCCCCUCUCAAUCAGAAAGAUUUCUGGCUCCCAGGUGUCUUUUAUACAGGUAACGAGCUGUAAUUAGGAGCACACUCUUAAAGGGAAUGCUCAUAAUCUCAGCUUGUUACCUGUAUAAAAGACACCUGUCCACAGAAGCAAUCAAUCAAUCAGAUUCCAAACUCUCCACCAUGGCCAAGACCAAAGAGCUCUCCAAGGAUGUCAGGGACAAGAUUGUAGACCUACACAAGGCAGGAAUGGGCUACAAGACCAUCGCCAAGCAGCUUGGUGAGAAGGUGACAACAGUUGGUGCGAUUAUUCGCAAAUGGAAGAAACACAAAAGAACUGUCAAUCUCCCUCGGCCUGGGGCUCCAUGCAAGAUCUCACCUCGUGGAGUUGCGAUGAUCAUGAGAACGGUGAGGAAUCAGCCCAGAACUACACGGGAGGAUCUUGUCAAUGAUCUCAAGGCAGCUGGCACCAUAGUCACCAAGAAAACAAUUGGUAACACACUACGCCGUGAAGGACUGAAAUCCUGCAGCACCCGCAAGGUCCCCCUGCUCAAGAAAGCACAUAUACAGGGCCGUCUGAAGUUUGCCAAUGAACAUCUGAAAAUGGAGCUCUUUGGCAUCAACUCAACUUGCCGUGUUUGGAGGAGGAGGAAUUCUGCCUAUGACCCCAAGAACACCAUCCCCACCGUCAAACAUGGAGGUGGAAACAUUAUGCUUUGGGGGUGUUUUUCUGCUAAGGGGACAGGACAACUUCACCGCAUCAAAGGGACGAUGGACGGCGCCAUGUACCGUCAAAUCUUGGGUAAGAACCUCCUUCCCUCAGCCAGGGCAUUGAAAAUGGGUCGUGGAUGGGUAUUCCAGCAUGACAAUGACCCAAAACACACGGCCAAGGCAACAAAGAGGUGGCUCAAGAAGAAGCACAUUAAGGUCCUGGAGUGGCCUAGCCAGUCUCCAGACCUUAAUCCCAUAGAAAAUCUGUGGAGGGAGCUGAAGGUUUGAGUUGCCAAACGUCAGCCUCAAAACCUUAAUGACUUGGAGAAGAUCUGCAAAGAGGAGUGGAACAAAAUCCCUCCUGAGAUGUGUGCAAACCUGGUGGCCAACUACAAGAAACGUCUGACCUCUGUGAUUGCCAACAAGGGUUUUACAACCAAGUACUAAAUCAUGUUUUUCAGAGGGGUCAAAUACUUAUUUCCCUCAUUAAAAUGCAAAUCAAUUUAUAACAUUUUUGACAUAUUUUUGUUGUUAUUCUGUCUCUCACUGUUCAAAUAAACCUACCAUUAAAAUUAUAGACAGAUCAUGUCUUUGUCAGUGGGCAAACGUACAAAAUCAGCAGGGGAUCAAAUACUUUUUUCCCUCACUGUAGAUUUUUGACAUGAUAGUUUCCCUCUUAGCAAGAGUACAUUUAAAGUAAGCUGUUUAUCAAUGAAUUUCCCCAUGUGGUCAAUUCAAUGUACCAUUAAUAAAGCAUGAUAAACCGUCUAUAUGUGUAGGCUUUAGAAGUUAGUUGCGGUCCAAUAUACAUCAUAUUCAACCCCCUGUUGUCUUGCAGGGGCUUCACUCAAACAUGUUCUUUGUGGAGCAUAAUUACCAUGAGGAGGAGAUCAAGGAUGGAAAGAGUCACCAGAACCGCCACGAGGCCCUCUUCGUGGUAGCUCUGUGUCGCUACCUCCUGUUACAGGACUACCAGCCGUUCCAGAUCACCAUCCUCACCACUUACACAGGGCAACUCCACUGUCUGCGCAACCUCAUGCCAGCCAAAGAGUUCAAUGGGGUCAAAGUUCAUGUUGUGGACAAAUAUCAAGGGGAGGAAAAUGAUAUUGUCCUGCUGUCCCUGGUUCGAAGUAACAAACAGGGGAAGGUGGGUUUCUUGAACAUCCCCAACCGUGUCUGUGUAGCCCUGUCACGGGCUAAGAAGGGCCUCUACUGCAUUGGAAACAUGGACAUGUUGGGAAAGGUCAAGCUUUGGAGCAACAUCCUGCACACGCUGCGAGAGAAAGACCAAGUGGGCCCUGCACUGACUUUGUGCUGCCAGAACCACCCUGAGAAACACAUUAAAGUGUCCUGCGGAGACGACUUCAAACAAGCUCCUGAGGGAGGCUGCAACCUGCCCUGCGAGUUCCGCUUGAACUGUGGUCACGUGUGCGCCAGUGCCUGCCACCCGUACGACCAAGAGCACAAAAAGUACACAUGUAACAAGAAGUGCCAGAAGGUCCUCUGUGAGCUGGGGCAUCGAUGCCAACUUCAGUGCUACCAGGAGUGCUCUACUGACUGCCUUAAGCAGGUAGAAAAGAUUGUACCACAGUGCCAGCACAAGCAGAUGGUGCCCUGUCACCAGGCUCCAGAGAAGUUUGUGUGCCAGGAGCCCUGUCAGAAGAAUUUAAUGUGUGGGCAUCCAUGUGCCUUGGUGUGUGGGGAGUCCUGCACCACCACCUGCAUGGUGAUGGUCAUAUUUGAGCUCAAAUGUGGACACAAGCAAGAAGAUCCCUGUCAUUUUAAAAGAUCUACCAUACAGCCAGACUGCAGGGCACAUUGUAAACAGAUGCUGAAGUGUGGCCACCCCUGUCCUGGUUCCUGCCAGAGGUGCCACCAGGGCCGCUUCCACAUGGGCUGUUCCCACCAAUGUGAUCGCCUCCUUGUCUGCUCCCAUAAGUGUCGGGAGCCCUGUACACGUGGAUGCCCACCCUGUCCAAUGCGCUGUGAGAAUCGCUGCGUCCAUAGUGUCUGUAUGAAGCCCUGUGGCCAGCCCUGUGCCCCCUGCAUAGAGCCUUGCGCCUGGAAGUGCCCUCAUCAGCGCUGCAACAAGCUUUGCCAUGAGCCUUGUGACCGUCCACCAUGCGCCCAACCCUGUACCAAAACCUUGCACUGUGGGCACCCAUGCAUCGGCUUGUGUGGAGACCCCUGCCCCAACAAGUGCCGUGUUUGCCACCACGAGGAGGUAACAGAGAUCUUCUUUGGUACGGAGGACGAUGUUGAGGCCUGUUUCAUUCAGCUAGAGGACUGCGGACACCUUUUUGAGUCCACGUCCAUGGACACAUACAUGGAGAUGGAUGAGAACCAGGAGGCUACCGAGGAGAAGGUCGCAAUAAAGUUGAAGGAGUGCCCCAAGUGUCGCACACCCAUCCGCAGAAAUCUCCGGUACGGGGCUCAUGUCAACCGGAGUCUGGUGGAAAUUGAGAAAGUGAAGGAGAAGAUUAAUGGAACACAGUCAGAUAUUGAGGUACAGAAGGUUGUCCUUAAGCAGCAAUGGAUUGACAAGGAGGACUUGCUAAGGUACCUACCUAUGGAGUACAUACAGAUCAGAGAUACACUGAAAGCAUCCAACCUCACAGCGAAGGAACUAUGGAUCACUGAGAACAAGAUGGCCUUACUUGAGAGACUGAACAAGCUGCUGAAGAUUCGUAGGGGGCACAUGUCAAGCGCGCAAACCUUUUACUUUGACAAGAAUGUUCCGGAGUUCCUGAAGUGGCUGAUGGAUCAUCACCAAAAGUUCACAGAGCAGCAGGCUUCUGAUCUGCAGAGCGAGCUACAGAGGCUCUCCUUUUUGGCGGAGCUCAACGCCCGCUGCAAGAUGGCUAAUGGAACAGGCCGUGGGGUCAACGUUCAGGCUGAGGUCACAGCCAUAAGGAAGGUUCUGGAGAGAAUGCAGCCUUUCACUCAGCAAGACGAGGACUUGGUAAAGCAAGCACUUAAAGACCUGUAUAAAAAGCUACCAAGCACUGGCCUUGGGAUCACUGAUGAAGAAAGGAUAAUGAUUGUUAAAGCUAUCGACCUGAGUGUUGGACACUGGUACAAGUGCCCCAACGAUCACAUCUACGCCAUCGGAGAAUGUGGAGGGGCCAUGGAGCGUAGCAACUGCCCAGAAUGCAAAGCUACGAUUGGUGGAGCAAGCCAUGCUCUGGCCAGUGGCAACAGAGUGGCAUCAGAGAUGGAUGGGGCGCAAGGUGCUGCGUGGUCCGAAGUCAACAAUGUGCUGAACUUUGACCUGAUGCACCUUGAUGAUUAAAAACAGAUUGUUUUCAGUUUAAUUGUGACUUGUCAUGACUGAUGUGACAGUUAUCACAAUGUGCACUCCAGAAAGCAUAGCUGUAUUAAUUGAUAUAUUUAAUGCUGAAAUUACAGUAAAUGAUUCAUUGAAUGUGAUGAAAUGAAUCUGCUUCGCAAAAUAUAAUACAUAUUCAGUUUUAUUUCGCAGAGGUGAUGUUUAACAAUGUCACUCCAGAGUACAAUACCGAAAUUAUUUGUGACUUUUUGCUACUGUAUCUGUGUGAUCUUGAAAGUUGAAAAUUAACGAUUGCUCAAAAAAUCAUUACACAUAAUGUUCAACCCAAUGUACAAUAAUGAAUUAUGCAAACGAUUAGACUGGAUUGUUACGUGUGAUGAUGGGCCUACAUUUUUAGACACCUGAGUGUAUUUUUCCAGUCACACCAAUGGAUGGCAGCAGUGUAUUGUUAAUUUAACAAAGAGUUGGCUUGAUACUUGCAAUUCUGGCCUUUUACACAAAUAUAAUAAAACUAUCUGAGAUGAUCC